AUUGCAUGUUAAGGAUACAAUACAAGCAAGUACCCUCAUACAAUUCAUCCAUCAUCUAUCUAAUUAAGCUAUCCUCUCUUUAAUUAACUGGUAAUCGCUCAGCCUCAGAUAAUCAGAAAUGGCUAAGAGUAUUUGCUUUCUUGUUAUGAUACUGAUGAUAGCAUCAAUGGUUGUUGACGCUAGGCAUUUGUUAGCUAACACUGGUGGCCUUGGGGAUACCACUGGUGCCUUGCUCGGAAAUACCAACCCAGGUGGCUUGUUCGGGAACAGCAACACCGGUGGCACUAAUUUGCUCGGAGACAGCAACACAGGUGGUGUAAACGUACUUGGAGGCAGCAAUACAAAGGGGGUGAAUGUGCUGGGUAACAGCAACACUGGAGGCUUAAGUCUGCUCGGAGAUAGCAACACAGGUGGCGUAGCUGCACUCGGUAACAGCAACACAGGUGGUGUAAGUGGGCUUGUGAAUAGCAACACCGGUGGCCUAAAUUUGCCUGCAGUAGGUGGCAUAACUGUGCCCCAUGUGUAAAUGUUCUCGGACGCAAAAGCGUGCGCAUAGGUAGGGGAAUUAACACUCUUUCCGUUACUGUGGAGUCGUAAGGAAGAACUAGAAAAAACUAAGAAAAAAAUGGUUCCUAAGAGAGAACAAUUCCUUAUGAACAACCUCUAUAAUUAAGCUAUUUCUAGUUUUUUGUCUAUAUAUAAAUGUCAUUUGCGAAUAAAUUAUCAUGUUAGAUAACAUGAUUUGUAGUAUUAACGGUCGAGAAAUGUUUGUUUCAAUGAAGGAUUGUUUUUCAAUAUAACAUGAAAAGAUUUCCUUUUGA